UAAGACGGGUUAGAGCGAACGUCUGUCUAUGGUGUCACCGCUUUUGUGUUUACUGAUCCGUCAAUAUCUCACUUCUGACUCCAGCAUUGCCUGGAAACCUUCUGCCAGUACAGUUGUUUUAUUCCUGAUAGUCCCGUGAAAUAACAGGUUUAUGAAGCGUGGGGCUGGUCCAUAGACACGGGAUGUAAUGGCAGUGGUGCAUAGGCCUGUUCUAGCUAAUGGACCACCUGAAGAUAGUCCCAUGCUCAGGAGACCCUCUCUGGAGCAGCCCAGGGUAAUCGAAGAGGAACAGAAAUCUAAUGUCUCGAGCUCCACCUACAAGCAGAGGAGUGAGGAGUUCCGAAGGCUGUUUAAAGAGCUACCAGAGAAUGACAAGCUGAUAGUAGAUUAUGCUUGUGCCCUUCAGAAAGACAUCUUACUUCAAGGGCGUGUUUACCUCUCCGAAAACUGCGUCUGUUUCCACAGCAACAUCUUCCGAUGGGAAACCUCGAUAUGCUUGAAUCUCAGAGAUAUAACGUCUAUGACAAAGGAAAAGACUGCUCGACUUAUACCCAAUGCCAUCCAGAUCAGCACAGAGAACGAAAAGUAUUUCUUUACAUCGUUUGCUGCAAGAGACAGAAGCUUCCUGAACCUGUUCCGUAUGUGGCAAAAUGUUCUCCUGGAUAAGAGUCUGACCAAGAAAGAAUUCUGGCAGCUGGUUCAGCAGAGUUAUGGCGCGGAGUUGGGUCUGAAUAAUGAAGACAUGGAAACCGUAUCCUUGCCUUCAGAGGACAAUGGGCCGCUCAGGGCAGCGGCCAAGGUAACGUGUGAAGAUGUGGGUGAGAGGACGGAGAAGACAUCAAGGGGCAGUUCCCUAACUAGAGAUAGUAUUUCUCAAACAGAGGCUGAUGGUCCCAGUAUGAACUUCCUACAAAUGUUAUCGACUCAGGCUGUGAUUGAAGAAGGAGAGAAAUCUGGGAGUCCUCUCCUGGGCUCUGAAAGGAAGGGUAACCUCCGGGCGAGCAUUGGGACCCCGGCACUCGCACUCGAUUUGAAUGGGAAUGAGAAUCAGCAUGAGGAUGGAAGUAGCUGCACUGAUACCCCUGAUGAAGGUUAUGACAAAGGUCUUGAAAAUCAGAUAGAAGGCCGGCUGUACAUCAAUCGCACCUUCCACAUAAGCGCUGAGCGCAUGUUCCAGCUGCACUUCACAGAGUCCCCCUUCAUGCAAACGUUCUUGGAUUCGAGGAAGGUGUUGGAUGUCGAGUACGGACCGUGGCAAUUGGAUGAUGCAGGAAAUCAGCACAGAAUAGGGACUUACACCAUAACGCUCAACAACCCACUGAUUGGAAAGUUCACCACAGCUACAGAGAAACAGACGUUAUUGAAAGAGAGCCAGGAUGGCCAAUUGUACAUUGUACAGCGAGAGGUUGUGACCCAUGAUGUGCCCUAUCAUGAUUACUUUUACUCCGUGCAUAAAUACAUCAUUGCCAGAACGUCCAGACACAAAUGUAAACUACGGGUUUGUUCAGAUUUGAAGUACAAGAAGCAGCCAUGGGGCAUAGUGAAAACGUUAAUCGAGAGAAAUUCCUGGAGUGGGCUUGAUGAAUACUUCAAACAGUUAGAAACUGACCUGCAGAUAGAAGAAACCCCAAAUACAUCUGCGUCAGAUGUCAACAAAUCCAGCACAAUUCGAAGAAGGAGAAGGCAUCACAGUCGCGGCACAGGGGAUCACCUGAUUAAACAUGGCACUCAGCAUGACCUUUCUGAUCUAGGACUCUAUGCGAGGGACGAGCGCUUAGGGAAAAGAAGAGAUCCUGCCUGGAAUAACAAAGGGAUUGUUAUCGUUAUGAGUAUCUUUCUGUUUGCUCUUGUUGCAUUGAACGUGACUCUGUUUUUAAAGCUGUCGAAGAUUGAACACGCAGCCCAGUCUUUCUACCAUGUGCACCUCCAGAGACAGAGAUUGGCCAGGUUACACUCCAACGACAUGGACAACCGAGACCACAUCUCCGGGGCGGCAGUAAGAGGUGCCCUUCAAGAUUCCAUAACCACCCUUGAACAGCUCAAGAACUCUCUUCUCUUGCUCCAGAAAAGUUUUGAUCUUAUAAACAAGUCAAAGAGUGAAGAGGCUUCUGGGAGUUAGCUAAACUAACCCCAGCGGAAGAGACUCGAGUGGUUCAUUGAGGCUCCCUGCAAAGUGACUGAUCAGCAGAGACCCAAAGCAGGGGGCACAGUCCUAAUAAAAGCCACUAUAAUAGAAGCUGGAGUUUACAAUGCAGCUGUCAACUUGUUUUUGUAUUCUUAGGAUGCUGCUAAUUUCUCUUGUGUGUUCAUCCUGUUGGUUAUUUAAAGUUUGUUUUGAUUUUGUUUUCGCCUUGAUCACAUUUUUACUAGUUCGUUGUUUCAAUUCACCACGGAACUCUCAGGGUUUAGUGAAAUGAUGCGCUGAUCAGCUGUUUGUACGUCUCCUGUCCAACGAACCCUCCAGGGAAUUUUUUGGCAGAGCUUCUUGGGCGUCUUGUCGGAAGUAACAGAAUCGUUGUUUAUUUCUGGCCCCAUCUAUACAUGUUUAGAAUGCAGACACAUUCUGACGUUGGCCCUGAACCAGAAAUCUCAUCCGUUCUCCAAAUAACAAAACAACCAUGCAGUAUGCUGUGAAAUAAUAUUUUAUUAACCUUACGGGUUUCAUUUAUUUGUUCUGCAAGAUGUUAGCUAGCUACAUAUUCUAUUAUACUAUACUUGAUGCUUUUUAUAUUUAAAUGUCUUUUAGGUUUUUGUUUAAUUAUGAAAAAAUAAAUUGUUCGGUUUUUUUUGAUGGA